AUGCCGCGGAAGAGGAAGCUGGGGGGUGGGCAAAAGGUCUACAACUUUCACGCGAAGACCGGCGGGGACGUAGUGCUCUGCAGCCUCCGGAGGGGCAAACUGCCGCCCAAGGUGCUGGAGGCGCUGCGCGCCGCCGUCGCCCCGGCGCUGGACACCUGGCGCUCGCCGCUCGACGCGUCCAGCGACGCGCCUCACACCGCGGCGGCGCUGCCGGCGACCCCGGCGCCGGCGCCGGCCAACGACUUCGGCAGCCGGGACCAGUUCCUGGCCAACGGCGCGGUGCUCCGCGACCAGGGCGCGGAUCUCUGCUGGCUGCGGCACGAGGCGGUGCCGAAAGGCAAAGUCUCUGCCGGGCCCUACCACCAACUAGCACCCCCCGAGGUGCGAUCAUUGGUGGAUGAGAUCCUGCAGAAGAACGAGCACAUGCUGCGGAAGGUGGAGAAGCUGAUGGGCGCCACCCACGACUCCACCCGCGGCCCCGUGCCCGCCUUCUCCGCCUCCAGCGCCCGGGACGCCGUCUUCCCGUACAUCUGCCUGCAGCGGCGUUGGCCCGCGGAGGCCAACUUCGUGCCGUGGCACGUGGACGGGGGGCCCUCGGUGUGCUUCCUCGCGCUGACCCUGGAAGGCAUGCGCACCGUGGAGAUUGAGACCUUUCAGAAGAGGAGAGGCUGCAGAAAGGGCCUGGGCAAGGCCAAGACCAAGCGCUUCACCAUGCGCCCGGGAGACUGGUAUUGGAGCUCGCCCAGUUGCUUCUGGCACCGCGUGACUUCGAUCUCCGAGUCCGUGUCCACGACACUGCUCCUGCGCAGCGCCAUCAUGCUGCGGCGCAUCUCUGGGGGGCGGGUGACCGCCACGGGCAAGAAGACCAAAGGCAUGAAGUACGCGACGAAGGACUGCUUUUGCAAGCUGGCCCCGGCCUUUGCCAACAUCAUCAAGACGACCCAGUUGAACUGGUAA